GAUUUUGAACAAAGUUCCUGUCUGUCUCUAAGUCCACAAAUAGCACAAGCAAAGUCAAUGGGAAAAGAAUUCGGUUCUUAUACAUAUUGUCUUGCCUUGGCCGAAUGACAGGCUCGUAAGAACGCGGUGUUUCGCUUGCGGCUGGGACUGGGAGCGACACCUGUCUCAGGUACUUUCAUGAAAGACGGUGCGAAGGGCGUUGAACAUCGCGGAGAUUGUUUAAGUGGUACACUCAUCUUGCCAAUUUGGACUGCACUCUGUAUGUGUGUAUUCAGCUGGAGCAUUUAAAGCUAUGUGCUCCAGUGGGCAGCAUCUGUGUUCAGGAAGUAGACGUUCGCCUAGGAAUGGAGAGGCCAAUAGCUCAGGCUCCCAGUAUGCUCUCUGUGCACUGGGGGUUGGCUUGGUGGCACUUGGAAUUGUCAUGAUUCUGUGGAGCAUAGUCCCUUCCGAAGUGACACAGUUGCAAAAUGGUACAAUUCCAGUUCCAAACGAUGGAUUUCCCAAAAGUAAAGGGAAGUCUUCGUCUGUUGCUUUUGUGUUGGUGGGAGCCGGUGUAGCCAUGUUACUCUUGGCUAUAUGUCUGGGGGUGAGGAACAAGAAACGGAUGAGAGGGAGGGAAACUGCAGGUGCAGGCAGUCCUGAAUAUCUGGACCGCAUCCCUGGAGAACAGGACGAGGCAUCAAAUGUAGCACCCAGCUAUGAUAUCCCAACAUAUGAGGAAGUGGUCACCAGUGGACAGUACCCUGUUCGUCAGAGCAACCUUCGACAGAGUUACCAGCUACCCUCAUAUGAAGAUCUCAUUGCUGCUGUUGAAAGUGAAGGCCAGCAACCAAAGGAAGGUUUUGGGCAAGAGGCCCCUCAGCCAGCUCCUGGCCCUGGACCCCAGGCUGCAGCACCUACCUCCAGCUCCCAACCCGCACGCAGCAGCAGCAGAGCCAGCCGCAUCCUUAGGCCUCUUAGAGUGCGCAGGAUCAAGUCUGAGAAGCUCCACCUGAAGGACAUUCGUCUGAAUAUUCAAAGCCCUGCACAAGGUGGGGUGGUGACCAUUGAACCGCUGACGCCGCCACCACAGUAUGAGGACAAGCCACCUCAACUGCCCACAGAAGCAGUGUAGUCAAUGGAUAUACACUUUACAACUGUGAUAUUUUAUGAUUUGCCUCCACAGUUUCAUUCAUUAAGAGAGAAAAAUGUCAAAAGCUCUCUAUGCUUUUUGGACAGAACACUAAAGCCUAACUGAAUAGAGUUUUUGAAUGAAUAAACUUUCCAUAUUUAAAGAAUAAUUUCAAGGAAGUAUUUCCUCAUUAAAAAAUUUUUUUUUACUAUUUUAUGUGACAGUGGCGUACUGGACAUUCACAUUUGGACUGCACUUUUCUGCUCUGAAAGGAAGGAUAAUUCUCCUAUCAUUUACUCACUUAUGUCGCCUCAAAUGACUGACAUCUGCAAAACACAAAGAUAUUUUGAUGAAAAUACUGUAUAAUGUGAAUAUAUCAGUCAAUGGGGUCCAGCACUUUCAAGCUCCAAAAAGGCAUUAUAAAGGUAAUUCAUAAGACUCUAGUGGUUUAAUCCAUGUCUUCGGAAGUGAUUCGAUCAGUUUUGGGUUAGUAACAGAUUAAUUGCCAUCUGUAGUCUCCAAGGUGCAAUCAUAAUUUGACGUUCGGUAACACUUCCUUAUGCAUGAUGCAUCAAACAAAACCAAUCGUAUCACUUCAGAAGACAUGGAUUAAACCAUUCGAGUCAUUUGAAUUAACGAGCCGUAUAGAUGAUAUUCAAAUCAUAUCGGCGUCAAAAUAUCUUUGUGUUCGAUAGAAGAACGUCAUACGUGUUUGAGGAGGCAUAAGGGUGAGAGAAUUAUUGUUUUUUUUAGGAGAACUAUUCCUUUCAGUGUGUUGCUAUCUGUUCUGUUUGAAAUCAAUGUUGUCUCCUUUUGUCUACUAUUGUUUAUAGUAUUGUUAACAAUAUUUUAAGAGACUUUGAAAUGGUAUGGAAUUUACUUAAAAAUGAUCACAAUGUAUAGGAAUAUUUAAUGUAACCUAAAUUUUGAAACAAUUUUUGGAUUAAUGUCACAUUGUCAAGAAAAGAAGGGUCUGGAUAACAAAAAAAAAAAAAAGUGCCUUGGAUUUUUUAUUAUUUUUUUAUUUGUAGAUAAUUGAACAUUGUUAAAAUGCAAAUUAGAAUUUUAAAGACUGGUGUGCUAUUUUGUCUGCUGUUUUAAUGUAAAAAAAAAAUACUGCCGAUUAACCCUUUUGUGCCUUUUUUAAUCAUCGUAACAAUGCAUUUGUAUGCUCUGAACUAAACAAGCUACUGUGGAUGACCUCCGUAUGCUGUGUUUGUGACUUAAAUUGCUCUGCAGACAAUUCCAGACAAUAAUAAUAAUAAAAACAUAUUUUUAUGGUGAAUUUUUAUUCAUUGGUUGGGGUGUAGAAUCAUUGGAAAAGCUAUUGAGUUACUAGAUAAUGGGGUAAUGGAUGUAAUUUUUAUUUUAAAGCAGAAAAUGUCUGCAUAUGUAUUUAUUAAGUGAAAAUAUGUGUGACUAAUCAAAUUGUUUAAAUCUUUUUUUUUUCCCCUUCUUUUUACCUUUUGUUCAUCUUGAUUUUACCAUAAUUUAAGAAAUAAUGUAUGCUGAUUUAUAGUGCUCCCUGGUGGCUGAGAAUCAUAUUACAAUAUUGAGUGAUAUUUUCCACUCAAUAUAUGAAGUAUUCUUGCACUGAUUUAGCCAUAACUUUUGAUAACUGUUGUCUAACAUACUGAUUAACUAUGUAGACCUUUCAUUAGAUGCUUCAGUCGGAUUUUAGAUUAAACAUACCCCAUAUUCAGCACAUACUAGCACUAUCAAU